AUGUCAUUCAAAGUUGUUAGUUCAAAAGUAGCUGCUUCCAUUGAUCAAGAGUUAAUGGGCCCUGUUGGGUUCACUUUACAGCAAUUGAUGGAGCUCGCAGGGUUAUCGGUAGCUGAAGCAGUGUUACAACAGUACCCGGUAAAAUCUUCCAAGAGCCAGGUAUUGGUAAUCUCGGGACCAGGUAACAACGGUGGUGACGGGUUAGUCUGUGCUAGACACUUGAAGUUGUUCGGGUAUGAACCGGUAGUGUAUUACCCUAAAAGGUCCGGAAGAGAAGAGUUUUACGGACAAUUGGUGAAACAAUUAGAGUUCUUUGACGUGCCUGUCUUGGGUCAAGGUGAGGACAACUGGCUAGAGUAUCUAGAGCAUGAGAAUACCUUAUGUGUCAUUGAUUCCAUGUUUGGAUUCUCAUUCCAUCCACCGAUGAGAGCCCCAUUCGAUGAUAUUUUGUCAAAAUUGAAACAAUUUGAGAAGAAAGUGCCAAUUGUAGCUGUAGAUGUGCCCAGUGGAUGGGAUGUCGAUAAGGGCCCCAUUGAUAAUAAGGCCAUUCAACCUGAUACCUUGGUAUCAUUGACUGUGCCUAAACCUUGCGCGCAAUUUUUGAAGCCAGAGGCCAACCAUUAUGUUGGUGGAAGAUUUGUUCCUAGGCAUUUUGCACAGAAGUAUGGAUUUGAGCCCUUCAAAUAUAAGUCUGGAGACCAGAUCUUGAAGCUAUAA